CAUGAUCGCUGGAAUUCUCAUCUGGUUCGAAUUGAAAAUUACUCCUCGUAUACUUGCUGUAUAGGCCGGGCUCUCUAAAGCAGUUACUAGUGCAUAUCAAAACAGUGCUGCCUACAAUUCAGUCUCCACAGGCUACGUACGACGGGUAUACACAGACACGCACUAAGCGGUUAAUUUGGGGGGCGCGCGCAGACAGUCAUGGUGCUUCUUACUUCGUCGACGGUCUCGGUCAUUAUAUCCACAGCUGUCAUUUGUUCCUUUACAUUUCUGCUCUUCCUUUCGGGGUAUGUCCUGCAACAGCAGUCUGUCCGAAGCAUUCAGCAUGCCAUCCGACCGCCUCCGCCACCACCCCCGGCGGCGGUCCCGGUGGGAGCAUACCAAGGGGGGCAAGAGGUUUUCUCCGAUAGUAUCGCCGAUAAACAGCACAAGAGGGAUGAUGCUGGUUCCCCACAAGCAACGACUGGCAACUUUGCAUACCUCCAGCUGCUCUCCACUCCCGAUCCGUCGGACAUCUGCUCCGCCAUUCUCUUCUUUAAGCAUUUAGCGACCAAUGGUACUGCAGUUCAGGAUAGGCUGUUCAUGUAUCCGCGUGAGUGGGACCUGAUGCCCACUAAGGAGCUCACCGAACCGGUCGCCACUGCCCUUUCUUUGCUGAGAACGGCAAGUCUGGAGUACGGUAUCUGGCUUCUGCCCAUUGAUAUGACGCUAGCCACUUCUGAAGGCUACAAGCCUACCGAUACAAAGCUGCUGCGGCUGGGACAGAUCCAGUUUAUGCAAUAUGACAGUGUCCUCUAUGUGCAAACGCCUGGUUUGUUGCUCGACACUGCCAAGUUGGACGCUAUGCUUCUCUCCCGACCGCUGCCAUUGCGACAUGAUAAGAACAGAAUCGAAUCGUUCAACAAUGAAGCCUGGCUGCCUAUGCCCUUGAGAGCAGAGAGAGACUCGGUUCUGCCUCCCGUAUACCUGAUUACGGUGAACAGCGUGGAAAACGGCCACAUUGAAGCUCGUGGCCAUGUUCCAAACACAGAUAUUCCUGGAUUUAGUGAUCUGGUCACAGGGCCUGAUGGCGUAUUGUCGCCCAACGAAGAUGAGUUCAAUCCUGAUGAGCAACCAGGCUAUGUGUAUUUUGAGCAGGACAACGAUGGUCAUGUUAAAUGGGCCCAUAAUCCACUGUUCGGAUCUUGGCGGGUUGGGCAACAUGAGGUCUGCGAAGGCCUCGACCUUGAUGAUGCAGUCCACGAUGGAUUUGAUUUGUGAACUUUCUUUCUUCUUUGCUUUUGCAUAUUGGCUGGUUCCUGUGGCGUUUGUUUGCUUCAUUUCAAGUGGAUGUAUUGAUGGCUCAAAAGAAAGCGAGUCACUGGCAUUCCAGGUUCCCAUGGGAGUUGAGGUAUAUAUAUCGGGAAUAUUGGUGGUUAUCAUGUCCAUAUUCAUGUGUGCCCUGUGAGGCACGCGGCGAUACUUUAUGCAG